AUGGAUGCGUAUGAAAAUUUGGGGCCCGUCCCCGGACAACCACAUCCGGUCCCUCCACCAGUCGAGCAAGUUCUCCCACUGAGGCACAAUGACAGCGUUCGUUUGGACUCUGAUGAAAAUACUGACAAACAGGAAUACCAGAAAAAAGUGAACAAAGAGGAACAGCCGAAAAACUACAAAAUUCAGAAAAGGUCGAUCAAGCUCAACCAAGGUCCAAAAAACAGUAGAACUCCUAAAUCACCAACGGAGCCUCUGAUACGCACGGAAAAAUCAUCUGCUCACAAACGAGAGCGAUGCUACCUGCUCAUAGCACUUAAUGUAGUUGCUGUUAUUUUCGUCUUCGCAAUAACGACAACGGUGAUCGGCGUCCUUCAUAUUUUCGAAAUCCUCUCAUUGAUCAAAGUAUUCAACCCUAAGAAUUGUCCUGUCCUGUGA